CCUGUCAGCAAGAUACUACUCAGAUGGCUCAGUUCUUCAAGCCAGGCCUAGAAGCGGCAUAUCCUACACAUGGCGCAGUAUACUAAAAGGAGUAGAUCUGCUCAAGAAAGGGAUCAUAUGGAGAGUAGGCAGUGGUAGCAACAUCAAUAUUUGGUCUGAUCCCUGGAUUCCAAGAGGAAGUACUAGGAGAGUCAUCACACAGAGGGGUGGAAAUAUUGUAACUAAAGUAAAUGAUUUGAUUGAUCCUACCACAAACAAUUGGGAUGAAGACUUAGUUAGACAAACCUUUCUCCCUGAAGAUGCAAAUAUUAUUCUACAAAUCCCAAUUCAUACACAUGAAGAUGAUUGCAUAGCAUGGCAUUAUGAUAAAAAAAGAUGAAGAUACAUGUGGUUUUAAUUGGCCAAAGUUGUGGUCGCUUCCCCUCCCCAACAAGGUUCUUCACUUCUUAUGGCGCAUGUCCACAAAUACCUUACCACUGCGCAUGAAGCUCCAGCAAAGAGGCAAGAAGGGAGAAUACAAGAGCAACAACAAAAAGAAAGAUGGUCCAGACCUCCACCGAAGAUCUUGAAAAUCAACACUGACGGCGCCUACCUGAAGGAAUCAAAUUCUGGAGGUUGGGGCUUUGUUAUCAGGAACGAUUGUGGUAUGGUAAUAGCAGCUGGUGCAGGAAAUUUGGGGCAAGUUUCGAAUGCGCUCCAUUCGGAGGCAAUGGCAAUGUUGCAUGCCAUAAACGCAGCUAUUCAGAUGGGUUGUCACUGUGUCAUAAUGGAGACUGACUCUGUGCAACUUCAGUCAGCAGUGAACAAUGAAGACUAUGAUCUCUCUACAUUAGGAGCUAUUUUCAAAGAUAUUAAAUUUAAGCUGAGAGUAAGCUUCAAUCAUGUAACUGUUGUGUCUUGUCCUAGAACUUGUAAUGUAGUGGCACACUGUUUAGCAGCGUAUGGUACUAAACUAGGAGCUGGCAUAAGUGAGAUUUGGCUUGAUGAAUGUCCAGACUUUGUAAAUGACGCUGUUGCUGGCGACUUGUCCAGCAUUGGUUCUUAAUGGAAUGUUUCGUGUUCUCUUUCAAAAAAAAACGGCGCCUGGUU